AUGAUAAGGACUCUUUUCAGAAGCUUCGCACGAAAAGUUGCUAAAGAGACAGCACUUCCUCCAGGCACCGAGAAAAAUGAGUUGACAAAAGCUCUUGAUUCAUUUAUCGGAGAAAAACUCAAAGAAGGAAAAAGUCCAGAAGAAGUCCUAAACUAUAUGUUUGGUAAAGCUGCCAUUAAUAGGGUACACGAAGCUAUCAACACACGACAGAAAAUGGAUUUCGACGACGUCGAGAUAAAAAUCUCUGAUGAAUUAAUGCAAAGAAUUAAGCCUUUUAUGCCAAAAGAUAGUGAUAUUACAAACUUGAAAAAUAUCAUCCAACAAAAGGAGCUGGAAGAGAGAGAACAAGCAGAAAAAUCGGCAAAAGAAAGCAAUAUAGAAGAGAAAAAAAAUAUUAGUAAAGAAGAAAUUAAAGCAAAUAAGGAGAUAAUAAAUGAAAAUGACACAACUAAAAUAAACGACCCUAUUGGAAGGAGAGCGAGCCAUUUAAGAAAUAGAAGAAAGGAAAAAUUAUCAAAAAUAAAUGUUGAAGAGGAGAAGAAAAAUAAUAAGAAAGGAGAAGUACAAAAAGAAGUAAAUAAAACAAGUAAAAAUUCUUCUCCUGGAGGAGAUAUUGAAAAGAGACUUGAGCAAUUGAGAAGUAAUAGAAACAGACCAUAA